GCCAUUAGAUGAGAUUGUGUUGACUGAGAUGAAGAUAAUCUUGCCCUGCAGUUUCACUCUGCUGACGUCGGACACAACAUGCCUCACACCUACUCCAGGGUACGCACCAGCAGGUCACUACGGCUUUCUAAAUGACAAAGAUGGCCAGUUGCAUCUGACUUACACUACUAACGUUGCUGGUACAUUAUGCACUGAGGUAGCGUCCUUCUGUACAGAAUUACAGUACUUUGUGUUAAGAAUGUGCAUGGGUAUGUUACGUGGGUUGCGGAGACGCUGUCCUGGUUGGCUCACACUACUGGUGUUGGUGAUGUUGCUUUGGUGGUUUUGUGAACGAGGCGACUAUGCACAGCUUCCACCGAUAACUGUCAGUCCGUACAUCGAUGCCAAGCUGCUCAACCCCAUGGGUCUCUCAAAGUGUUUGACAAGCUCUGGCCAAGGACGACUGCGAGUUAACAAACAGAAUGUAAGCUAUGAGGAGGUGCAGAAUGCUUUCGCCCCUUUAGGGACGGGUGCCGGCCAUUUCCGCCCGCCUCAGUGUGCAGCCGAACAGAAGUCAGCCAUCAUUAUCCCUUUCCGAAACCGUCAUCACCACCUACCGAUACUCCUGAACAACCUGGUACCCUACCUACUGCGACAGCGCCGAGACUUCACCUUCUAUGUGGUAGAACAGGGAUCUGCUGGGGUAUUCAACAAGGCGUUAAUGAUGAACGCGGGCUUCAUGGAAGCGAUGCGUCGUGGCAACUAUGACUGUUACAUCUUCCACGAUGUGGACCUGAUUCCUGAAGAUGACCGGAUACCGUACACCUGUCGCCCUGGGCAGGUGGCGCAUCUGGUGGCUGCCGUCAGGAAGUACUAUUACCACGCCAUGCGGAGGUAUAUCGGAGGCGUUCUAGCCUUCACCGAGCAACAGUUCCGUGGUGUGAAUGGUUUCUCCAACCUGUACAUGGGCUGGGGGGGCGAGGACGACGACAUGAGGUUCAGAUUGGAUCUCCUGAGUAAUCCAGUGUAUGAAGUAUCUAUUCAGAUUGGGAGGUACUACAGUUUCAAUCACUCGACUGACGAGGGCAACCCAGUCAAUCACCACAGGAAAGAGUUACUCUGGGAGGCAGGUAAACGAGCGGCCAUCGACGGUAUAACGUCACUGAAGUAUACUGUGGACAGCGUGGAAGAGUCAACGUUGUUUACAUGGGUCAAAGUGCGAUUUGACCCACAACACUACAGUCCACUCUUCAAUGCUGUCGUAGACGGUUCUUUGGAAAUGCCUUAAAUGAAACAUUGCCAAAUACUACAAAACUUAAGGCAUAGCAUCCCUGAUACAAGAGCAAGGGCCACACAGCAUUGGACCUGAUAAAGCAACCUUAACGCCUCCUCCCUGAAGCAUGCGACCGAUGAGUACGAUUCAGAUCUUUGGGGAUGAUAGCUCGCCCAGCCUGUAGUGUCAGUACCAGCUAUGGCAACGUCUGCGACUGUGGUGGAGGCAGUAGCACCCACCUAUGCUACUAUGUUAUAAUGCUCGCUGGGGUUAAUAUCUGGAGACCGACAGGGUCAGUGCAUAAAAUUAAUGUUGUUGCUUGUUGUUGUUGUGGUGGUGGUUGUGUGGUGGUAUACCGUGGUGAUAUACCGUGGUGAGUCUGGAAGAA